AUGAAAUUUGUGUUCGUCGCCAUCACAGUGCAAUCAUCAAGAGAACAAAAAAAUUCUAUUCUUCUGUUUCGAUAUGUAGAUGAAAACUUCAGAAACUGCUGGAAUGGUACACUUUUUUUAUCAAAUAAAAUAAUAAAAAUUAUUCUCAUGAUUGACAAACUUAGCAUGAAAUUGGCAUUUGAAUCACUUGCUAAGUAUUGA